AUGGUGGAGCAUACUGAUUUUAUUGCUGAAAUGAAGUCCUCUGACACACCGGCCCCACUGCAACUUGAUGAGUUCUACUUCACCAAAGAAGCCACCACUCCUGAGCUUUAUGGUGAAAACGAUUCCUUUGAAGUACCAUGGAACGAGGCAGAAACUCCUCCAACCAGCGCUUCAAGAAGUGAAGAAGAAUUUGAAUGGGAUGGUGAGAUGAUUUGUGACAUUUCCCACUCAUAUCGGAGUAUCAGAAAGUACGAAAUCAACCUACUUCGUUAUAAGAUAGAGAAGGACGCCAUCAAGAGUGACGGUGGAGGCAAUACUAUAUACUUUGGUGAAUUCAGUCAGUGUCCAUUUAAUGAAGAAGACUCGCCAAUUGACCUAUUCUCGCAGAGCCAAGCCAAUCUACCAGUCUCGGAUUGUAAUCCAAGAUCUAUAGUGAGACAGAGGAACAGCAAUGACCUAAAGCUUGCUUGGAAUUUUCCAUCUCAGUUACCUCUUGAGUUCCCGAUGAUUGCCGAAUCGUUGUCAAUCGAUGCUGAGAAGAAACAGAUCAUCUCAACCGCUGACAUGGGGCACUUAUACCACGCUGGGUCUCGAUAUAUAGACAGUAUUGCUGACAAUAUGGUUUUGCUCAUGAAUAUGGCUUUCGGCUGCUGUAAAGCAUUUACCCUCGAAAGAAAGAGACUUAUCGGAGUGACUUCGAGAGCCAUAUAUCUUCUUUGCGAUGAAAAUAAUAUUGUCGGAGAAUUUGGCGCAAAAUACUAUCAAUCCCAGGUGGAUGAAAGCUUUGCAGAUUGUGAAAGACUUCAGACUAGUCUUCUCAAGGUACGCAAGGAUGUUGAAAUCAAGCUCUCUUUCUUUCAAAACCACGCGCAGGGCACUGUUCGUCUUGUGGAAAAUUUGUUUAAUGUUGACAGCUGUGUACUCAAGGCCCAUCAACACUACCUCUCUUGCACCGAGGACUUGUGUUUUGGGAAUGGAGAGUGCUAUUUUCCACAAUUACCAGCGUAUCAUAAUACGAUGAAGUUUUUGAGAUCUCAAGACCCUCAUACCGUGGUGGCUGAUCUUCAAGGGGAACUAGCCUCCAUUCUCAGAAACAUGAAAGAUGUUGAAGAAAGCUUGGUCACAGUCAUAGAUGCACAUCGUCAAUCCAUUUCGGCUGACUCACGCGUGGUCCAAUAUCAGAACGCACGUCUACUGUGA